GCCAUUUUCAGCAAUGGCGCCCGUCAGGAUGGCCGUAUUUCUUUCAGGGUGCUGAUACCCGGGGCAUUUUUAUUCCUGGGUAUCAAUUAAAUCGGACUUGCAAUGGCGGAACUCGAAGCGUCGUCUCGUAGAGAACUCCGCAAGUCCGCCGAUCUGCGAAGAAUCCUCUUCAAGGAACAGGAGCAGGCCAAACUGAGACACAUACGGCAAAUCGUCAAGAAGGCGUCCUGGGAACGAACGCACGACGAGGAAUGCCUGCUGGAGAACUCGAGCGAACUCGUCAAGGUUCUCCAAGAGCGGUCGAGAAAACGGCGCUGCAACCAACAGCGGCUGGAAGAGGUGCAAGACCCCCCGGCGUUGCUGGAGGAGAAGUGCCGGGCGCUGGCAGGGGCCAUUGGCGCUGCCCGUCGCCUGGUGGUUUACACGGGGGCCGGCAUCAGCACGGCAGCACGCAUUCCGGACUACAGAGGCCCCGAGGGGGUCUGGACCCUGCUCCAGAAGGGCAUGGUGCCCCAGGUGCAGGACCUGAGCCGUGCCCGGCCCACCUUCACGCAUAUGGCCAUUGCCCAGCUGCAGCAGGCGGGCCUGGUCAAGCAUGUCGUGUCCCAGAACUGCGACGGCCUGCACGUGCGCAGCGGCCUGCCCAGGACCUGCCUCUCGGAGCUGCAUGGGAACAUGUUUCUUGAGGUGUGCCCCAGCUGCAAGCCGCUGCGACAGUACUUCCGGCUGUUCGACGUGACGGAGCGCACGGCGCUGCACAAGCACAGGACGGGGCGCAAGUGCCACGGCUGCUCGUCGGAGUUGGUGGACACCAUCGUCCACUUCGGGGAGACCGGCAAGCUGCGCUGGCCCCUCAACUGGCAGGGUGCGGGCAAGGCGGCCGACCGCUGCGACGCUAUACUCUGCCUGGGUACCAGUCUCAAGGUGCUGCGGCGCUACCGCUGCCUGUGGGCCAUGGACCGGCCGGCCAGGGAGCGUCCCAAGCUGUACAUUGUGAACCUCCAGUGGACGCCCAAGGACGACAUAGCUGCCCUCAAGGUCAACGGACGUUGCGACGAAGUCAUGCAGGCCGUCAUGGGCUUCCUCAACAUCCGGGUUCCCGACUACGACAGCAAAAGGGACCCCCUGUUCAAGCUGCACACGCCGAUCCGGAUCCGGGAGCUCAAGACCUUCUCGAGGAGUCCGCUGCCGGUCCCAACGGAGGAGGACGUCAAGCCGGACGUCAAGCCCCCCGGGGAGUUCGUCGCAGGCGGUGGAGACAAGGAGCAGCGUGUCUUUGCGGACCACUGCUACGCCAGGAGCAACGGGACCGACGCCGGCUGGAACGAUGCCAGCGGGUCAGACACGGAAGUGGACGAGGGCGCGAGCGACGGGGAGGGCACCGCGGAGGACGUGAAGCGCGAGGCGCCCGACGGAGGAGGGGAAGCGGACUGCGGGGACGCGAAGCGCGCCAAGCUGCUCGGCUGGUACGGCAAAGGCUGCGCCAAGUGGCGGCUACGCAAGAAGAGGUAGCGUUGCCGGGUGUCACACCUGCCCCCUCGAGUCGGGCCAAGGGAGCCGGACUUCCGUUGGAUGUUGGCGCAUUUUGUUCGGUCCGCUUCGACGCGAGGGUUUGCGUUUGCUCGAACGUAAGGGCCGAUUCCCACGCUUGCAUUCGAGCGCACUCAAACGCGUUCGCUCUAACCUCGGAACGCGCGUCGAGCAGUGUGCGGGAGAACCGAUGCACACUCCCUUUUCACGACAAGUCGACGUACAUAGUAUUUUUGGGUGAAUAUGCUCGCUCGAAACUCAGAAAACAAAAUCUCUUCUUGAUCGAACAGUUCUGGACAGAAGCAAACGUGCAUCGAAGCUGUUCGAUUUUAGCUCAAUUAACCAAAGUGGUUAAUCGAUGACUGCUGGACUCGGUUGUGCGAGUGCUGGCACACGUCAACAACGAGCAACAUACUAUGCAGUAUUCAGUGCGAGGCCGGUGCCCGCGUCAGUCACCCGAAUGGUAUCGUUGACGAAAGCGAACGAAGCACGAGUCCGUCUUGUCCAUGGGAGUGUCGAAUGGACGGAGUAGCUCGCUCUAGAAACAUGCACCGACCAUGUUCGUUGGAUAAAGUGUGGUGCCUGCAAGGUGCCUUCAAAUGGUAGGUUUACUGUCCUAACCUUCCCGUGCAUCAAGAGUGGUCCCAAAGUGACGAAACGUCGCAGAAGUGUUGUGCUGUCGUAAUCCUGGCGGUCGGUGCUGAAAGUCUUGACGAAAAGUAUAAGUCGACGCGAGUGUCGCCGUCGUCGCAGCUGUCGACUGCUAAACCUUCUGUGGAUUGUCAAGUUGGAGAGGGACCUCCAGCUUGACGUGAUCCCUCUCCAGCUUGGCGUAAAUCCCGUCGGUCGCGUCUGGCGACAGAACGACGCUUCUAAGAUGGCGUCGGGUGAAAAAUCGAGGGCCCACCAUUUAGGCCGCGGCAGACGCAUUGGUCGGAGACAGGAUCCAGGCACCGUACAUAAAGCUCUUGAUAACAAAUUUAAGGGCAACACGCGUUAAUUUUUUGGCACUAAUGUUUUCACUUGGCAAAUGUUUCUAUUAGUUACCGAAUGACCGAAAAAAACGUACGACCAUCUGCUGUCGAGACGUAUGCAAGAAUUCCUCUAUGUGGAACUCUGGUGAGCAAAACUUUGCAGAUUGUCUGUCCGAGCCCCAGAGAUUGUGUCCUUGUCUUGCGAUAACUGGGGCAGUUUCUACGAGUCCAUCGCUAUUCUUCUUAGGACACUGAACUCCCCACAAAAAAUAUUUUUUUUUUUUUAAGUACCCGAAGAAGGCUGUGUUACAAAAUUAACUUUCCAGGAAAAUAAUUAAAAAAUUACUGCAAUAGUUACGUGGCGAGACCCACUUAGAUCUAGGAGCGGUUCCGAAAUAAGCAGUCAUUUUCAGACAUCGACCCCGAAAUGGAAACACAAUUCGGAAUCACUCGAACGAGUUUAUUUAGUGGCAUGUGUGUCCUACGCAGGCACUCGAGAAAAAAACGUUUUUGGGAGUAUUUUUAUAUGAGACCUUGCCGUACUUGAGCUACGUGUCCUGUCGCGACAUGAAGAGAAGCAUUUUUCGAAGCGGCGGGCUCGCGUUUUUUGGCUCGGGCGUGCGCCCUCGUCCAAGCGGUGCAAAGUGUGGCCGGCACAAGCGUUUUGCCCUCCCUUCGACCAAGAUGGGUCAUGCCAAGUACCUUUCCGCGACGCAGAGUGAGAGUCCUGAAUGCUGGGACCUUGUGCUCUAGGCUGAAAGUGGAGGAACGUUUAUCGAAUGGCCGGAAGACGUGUCGACAAGUCUCUUGUCGCCAACUUGUGACCGUCGGAAACUGCCGAAAUGAACUGUGAAUCUUGCUGUUUCGAAAAAAAAAAAAAUUUUCUUGUACGGUGUUUUUAAUUGUACGAAGUUCUCGUGUGUGACGUGCAAGGCUGGUUGUGAAAGCAUUUUGUGCAAAGAGAUUGGACCAUCCGACGGACUGUGCGACCGUGGUGCUUUUGGGUAGUCACGCGUGAGACGCGGUCGGCGUUGCAAUUGUUGGACGUUCGUGAUAGGUGGAUCGUGAAUGGGGCUACUGCUCACCACUGUUAAUUCGGCUUCGAAACUUUACGUUAUAACCCUUUGACGGUCGAGUUUUUUUUUUUAUCACGGAACAUUUUUAUUGUUGGUUGGGUUUUGUUUCCAGCGUAAUAGUAUAAGGAAAGGGUCGAUGCACAGACUUUUUUAAUGUUAAUUAAUCAAAGCACAUACAGUGCUUGCAAGCUGUCCAGCUUUGGAGGCAUCAAAUGGAAACAUUGAAGGCAAAAAGUUGUCACCUCCAUUAAGUUUCAUUUUAAUGCAUCCACUUCUGCGAUAUUCCGGUGGUUUUAGAUUAGAAGCUGAGUUACUUUACAGAGCUUUUCCAUCGAAUGCAAGCAAUCGUCCUUUGAAUUCAAUUUAAAGAGCGUUCAAAGUCUGACUAGGAAGAACCAGCGCUCCAGUUGCCACUAUUGCCAGGGCAGUAUGCAAAGUGACCACUUGACGCAUACCUUGUGCUCAGAUCAUCUAAUUUAAAAACUAAUAACUAUCCCCAGAGAAGCAAAACACCGUGUUAACCUAAUGUUUAUAGUUUACCAAAAACAAAACGAAUAGCAACACCUCCAGCGGUGUCUGUGGUUUUACGCUUAGGGAGGCUCUUUCAGAUGUGUUACCACAUAUACGGUGAAGGCGAUGAAUUGUGGGGAUACAUUUUUUUACGACUGUGAACCCGUUGUAAUUGUAUCUUUCCAUCUAUUUGCAGGCAAGCAUUUUUAGUUAAUUCAAUACUUCAGAAUCAGUGUGGAAACAUUUAAGGUAAUCCGGCGAGCAAGUGUUCCAAAAUGUAUCUUUGGCACAUUGGAUUGCAAAGAGGGGCAUGCCAGCCAAAUGGCAGCAUAGAGAAGAUGCAGGGAACGCUCAAUAACGGGGCAGCAAAGCGUGCGUCGUCAUUGGUCGAGGUAAGCAGAAGCGCAUGGUGCAUUUGGCUGCUGAACAAUUAUUGCAAGGAGCAAGCGAACUUGCACACCGUAUAAGAAUACCGUUGCGAGGAAAUUUAAAAUAUUUCGGUAGAUGCUUGCCACUAUCAAAGGCUACAGAUGGGGAAGUCAACGAUACGGUAAUGUGUCGUAACACGCUCUCGGAGCAGAUUCUUUCAGUUCAUGACCGGGUCGACCUCACAACGAUGUGCCGAGGCAGGUUUAAUUCUUUUUCAAACAAAUCGCACAUCUAUGGUUUUGUUUUUUCUUUCGUUGCAAAAUGUGAGCUGUGGCCCUUCUGCAAUGGGUUUGAGUUUGUUUUGCACAGAUCGACACAUUUUCUUUCUCACCUUUGGGCACAUUGCAACUGGGCGUGUAAAUAAUGAUUGGGGAGGCUGUCGGGCAAAGCCACAAGAACAGCAAGGUGGGCUAGCUUUGUUUGCAGAUCUGGAGGUGGUGCUCGUGUGGCCCCCCCCCCCCCCCCCGACGUCUCGCGAAAAAAUUGCGAAGGUCCGUUUUAUGCACGCAAACCUGCGGGGCCGUGCGUAUCUACGGGUGGCCCGCAGUACGGCCUAUUUAUUUCCGAGUCUGUCACCUCAUCUCAAGUUCUUGUACAUAACCAUGACUCAUUGCAUUCACUGUGCAUUUGUAUCGGGUGAGCUGCACUCCACGGGGCAGUUUCCACGAGGGAGGCAUAAAAAAAAAAUAAAGGGUGGGAAGCAAAAACUCAAA